AUGGAUGAGUGCAAGGCCACAGCAAGUCCGGUCGACUUGAGCACUCGGCUUGUCGCAAGCACCGAAGCGGCCAAGAUCGACGUUCCGUUUCGUGAAGCUGUGGGAGCUUUGAUGCACUUGACGACUGCGACGCGCCCGGACAUUGCGUAUGCUGUGGGGUACGUCUCGCGCUUCAUGGAGAAUCCGCAGCAAGAACAUUGGACGGCGGUGAAGCGCAUCUUUCGUUACUUGCAAGGGACCAAGUCGCACGGACUCCGCUUCCAGCCAAGCGACAAGAUCGACUUUCGUGGCUACUCGGACGCGGACUGGGCCGGCGACCACGCUGAUCGCAAGUCGACUUCGGGUUACACUUUCAUGCUGAUGGGUGCUCCUGUGAGUUGGGGAAGCAAGAAGCAGUCAAGUGUGUCGCUGUCGACGAGUGAAGCGGAAUACAUCGCACUGAGUCUGGCCAUCCAGGAAGGCAAGUGGGUGCAUCGCCUGCUAUGCGAGAUUUUGGCGGCCGCAAACGAACCAGGACCGGACCUCGUCAUCCGUGAAGACAACCAGUCGUGCAUCAAGAUGACGAAGAAUCCGGUGAAUCAUGGCCGCGCCAAGCACAUCGACAUCAAGUACCAUCACAUCCGUGAUGAGGUCAAGCGCGGGGAAGUGCAGCUCGAGUAUUGCGAGACUUCCGUGAUGAUGGCGGACAUCAUGACCAAGGGACUUUCGGGACCUCGUCACAAGGACUUGACGACGGCUCUCGGCAUUCGUGCGAGUUCGGAUUGA